GCUUGCCGAUCACGGAUACAUUCGAAGGACCCGGCGUUGUGGAGAGGAGCGCAACCUUUUGCUCGCAAACUGAGCCUAAAAAACAAAGGGCUUCGAGAGGUUUUUCUUGGACAGGAAGGAGAGGCAAACGCCUGCCGAAGAAGAAGAGAUGAUGAGGAGUUCAGUGGCUUGUUGGCAGCUUUGCCUUGUUCUAGCAUUUGCGGUGUUUGUUAGCAAUGGCCAGUCGGUUGUGCACGUUGGCUGCUUCAAAGUGCGAAGCACAGACUUUGUACUAGGUCAGCAAGCUCAGAGCAAUGCUGCAACCCCUUCCAGAUGUGUCAAGGCAUGUGCACUGUUGCCGACCAGUGGAUUUGCAUUGCUGGCUAACAACGAGUGUCGAUGCUCGCCAAGCCUGCACGCUCCCAUUGUGUCCGUGUCUGAUGCAAGGUGCGACAGAGUUUGUGGCUCCGGUUCUCGCGGAUACAAAUGUGGCAGUCGAUCUGAUGAUUCCCUUCAUAGCGUGUAUUCAAUCCCGGCUGGACCACUGAGGGAGGACUCUGAGGCCUAUCUUGGCUGCUUCGAGGAGUCUUCGUCUGGGGAUUCAAGAAUUGAAGAGUUUGAGAUUCAACUCACAAGAAGUGAUACUUUGAACACGCAGUGCGUGACACACUGUGAAGGCAGGAGUAUGCCGUUUGCCGCCGUGUCCAGGCAGAGUUCCUCCUCGUCCGGAAGCCUGAAUAAUAUCUUUGGCAUCUUCGCCAGCACCAUCUACUGUCGUUGCGGCCGUGCCUAUGGGUCUUUGCGACGUGUCUCCGACUCUAAGUGCCCCGGAGCAAGCGCCGGUAGACCGUGUCGGUCAUUUGACUGCUUUAUAUCACAGUAUGCAGAGCAGGGGUACUACUCGGUCUUCACAAUGGUCGAUCACCCACCUAGUGUUGUUCACUGUGGCAAUCCCAGUCCUGGCGCAGUGGACCACGCUGUAACCAAGAUCGGUGUCGAUCACUACCACCAUGACACCGUGCGCUAUGAAUGCAAGCGCGGCUAUCACGUGAGAGGACACGACUGCACGGUGCAGAACAAGACCAUCACGUGCCUGGGCACGGGAAACUGGAGCUCAACGCCGCCAGACUGUGUUCCUUGCGCCUGUGACCGACUGCCCACUCCACCGGGCGUCAUUGCCCAGCAAGUUGGCAGCACCUAUGGCCUGAUGUUCGUUGAUUCUGUCAUAUCGUUCACUUGCCCCCUGGGCUCGGAACUGGUUGUUCACGGUAUGUUUUAUGGCAACGUCGAAUACAAUGUAACCUGCGGAGUCGAUGGUACUUGGUCCGGACCACCUCCUCAGUGCAGAAAUGAGACUUGUCGCGUACCUCCACCUCCUGAGAACGGCAUUAUCCACUCUACCGGGAAGUACAUGAAUGCCGGCGAGUCGAUAUUCUACUCGUGCCAAUGUGGCUACCGUCUGAAAGGAAGUCAGCAGCGUAACUGCAGCAAUGGAAUUUUCGUUCCAGAGGAGCCUAACUGUGAAAGGGUGAUCUGCAAGCCACGGUUUUCACCAGUGAAUGGCAAAAUCGAGGGGAACAGCUCCGCUGUCCACUAUUACGGUGCAUGGUAUCCGAUCUGGGAAGCCGAGGAGAUUGCCUACUACGCGUGUGAUAACGGCAGCAAGCUGGUCGGUUCCGCGUUUGCCGUCUGCUUUUCCAGCGGCACGUGGAGUCAUCCCGCGCCCACCUGUCUGUCGGUUGAGGAUACGCUGGUCAUUAGAGGUUUGACUGAGCCAGAAAUCGAAGAUUCGGAUGCGCCCUCUGCUGAGCUGGUUGCUAGAGACAGAACGUUUCGUAUGCCGUGUGUGGUUACUGGCAACCCUCGCCCUGAGGUAUCAUGGGUGAGGCUGGAUGGAGGUGCCUCGCCAGUGGACAGUGACCGGGCAGUGCAACUCGCCGACAACACACUGAUGUUCUUCUCGUUUGGCAGCGAGGACAUUGGAAAGUACCGAUGUACGGCAACGAAUGGAAUCGGCAGCAGCGCUGCAAAGACCGCUGUUCUACAAAUGUCUGAAUCGCCCGUGAUAGAUGCCGCGUCAUCCAACGUGUUCCACAGCGUGGGAAGCCGUGCCGUGAUGCGCUGUGACGUCAUUCGAGGCAGUCCUCCACCAAUCAUCACAUGGCACUUUUCCGGUGGCACGGACAAUAGUCACUGGAGAAUCACUGGCGAUUCGAGCUUCAGUGAACUGGUCAUCGAAAGUGUUGCCCAUUCGGAUGCUGGCAAUUAUGACUGCAGGGCGACCAAUCAAGCGGGUGGUCACGAAGUCACCAACUCUUCUUCAAUCAGCCUGCAUGUUGAAUCUUGCCCCAUUGAAGGAUCACGAGCCUUUAUCGUAGGUGGACACGACAUUCCGAUUGCAAAUGCCAGCUGGCAAGCGGUGCUGUGGAACAAUUCUGCUGCGACCAGACAGAAUAUCCUCUGCGGUGCCGUGAUAAUCAGGCGUGGCUACCUGCUCACGGCAGCGCACUGUGUACAGAACAUCACCGAUGAAGAUGGGCUAGUGCCAUCGCAUUAUGUGAUGAAGAUGGGUAAGGGCAGGGCUCGUGAGCAGGUUUCCGAUGUCACUCGAGCCAUCCAGCGUGUGUUCAUCCAUCCCAACUACAACCCAACAACAUUAGAUAAUGACAUUGCGCUCAUUGCCUUGAAUAGUGACAUCAACUACAUCCCUGGAAGAGUCGCAGCAAUCGACUUAGCAAGGACACGAACAAAUGACCUUUGCAAUGAGCGGGAAGACUCCAUCCUCCUGCUUACUGGCUUCGGUCGAAAGUCUUUCUUCCGCCACACCGGAACGAAGAAUCUGAAGUCCAUUGAGCUUCCCAUUGUCACGCAGUCUGAUUGUGCAGAUGCCUUCCCUUACCCUGUCACCGGCAACAUGAUUUGUGCUGGCUUUGGUCAAGGGCAGAGGGACGCAUGCCACGGGGACUCUGGUGGACCUGCAGCGGCAUACAACAUCCUCACGCGAAAGUGGAACCUGAUCGGCCUGAUUAGCUGGGGAGACCCGCGGUGCGCCACUGCUGGUACGUACACCGUGCUCGUUCGAGUGUCGCGCUUCGAGCCCUGGAUCAAGCAAACACUGCGAGGCCACAAGAAGCAGCUGGCAUCGUGCCCGCCAUAGAGUGUGUUAGUUGAUUUCCGAGUGCACUAGAGAGAUCAGCCCCUGCAUAGUGCGCUGAUUUCAGUCUUCAGCUUGGUCGUGUGCAUGCCACUGGUCAGUUUUGAUCAGUCUCGUUUCACCGGAUAUCCCCACUCUCAGCCUUGACUUUCCUGUCCUGGAUAUACAUGUAGGGCGUUCCGUUAUGUUGGAACACAUCUAUCAGAUCUCUUGUAUAAUGUCUGUAGUGUUAGCACUGGCAAUUGGGCGUUGUGCUGUUUUGCCACUAGCUAUGAGUACCUCAAUUGAUUUGAGGCCCGGUUAAUGGCAGCACGCUCUGCUUAGCAACAGUAAUCAUCUGCAGACGUUUCCUUUUUCACCUCUCUAAAACGAAUGAAUAUCUGGAAUCCGUUUUGGAUUUUCACAUCUUUUGAACUUUUAUAAGUCCCCGUCAUGCAAAGUACAUGUACUAGUGGUAGCUUCAAUGAUCCAUAGCGGAUCCACAUCUUGCUCUUGAUAUUGUUUGUUGCAGCUAA